GGCUACAGCAUGGAUCUGCGAGGGAGAGCUCUUCUCGGUGGAGACAGACUUCGGAUUCUCCUAAUGUUCUUCCAUGCAAUGGCCCAAACCUUGGCAGAACAAGAAGUGGAAAAUCUUUCCGGCCUUUCCACGAACCCGGAGAAAGACAUAUUUGUGGUGCGGGAAAAUGGGACGACGUGUCUCAUGGCAGAGUUUGCAGCCAAAUUUAUUGUACCUUAUGACGUGUGGGCCAGCAAUUAUGUGGAUCUGAUCACAGAACAGGCUGAGAUCUCCUUGACCCGGGGAGCUGAGGUGAAGGGCCGCUGUGGCCACAACGAGUCGGAGCUGCAGGUGUUCUGGGUAGAUCGCGCCUACACACUCAAAAUGCUCUUUGUAAAGGAAAGUCACAACACUUCCAAAGGACCAGAGGGGACUUGGAAGCUGAGUAAGGUGCAGUUUGUCUAUGAUUCCUCGGAGAAGACCCACUUUAAAGAUGCUGUGAGGGCUGGGAAGCACACCGCCAACUCUCAUCACCUCUCUGCCUUGGUCACCCCGGCUGGGAUGUCCUAUGAGUGCCAGGCUCAGCAGACCAUUUCUCUGGCCUCCAGUGAUCCUCAGAAGACUGUCACCAUGAUCCUGUCUGCAGUGCACAUCCAGCCCUUUGACAUCAUCUCUGACUUUGUCUUCAGUGAAGAGCAUAAAUGUCCAGUGGAUGAGCGAGAGCAAUUGGAAGAGACUCUGCCCCUGAUCCUGGGCCUCAUCUUGGGCCUUGUCAUUGUCAUAACACUUGUGAUUUACCACAUCCACCAUAAAAUGACUGCCAACCAAGUGCAGAUCCCCAGGGACCGUUCCCAGUACAAGCACAUGGGCUAGGGACCAUCAGGCAGACAGCCUCCAAGUCCUGCCCCAAACCAGAGGAUGCAGAACGACAAAGCACUUUUUCACCUGUAUACAGGAUCCACCAACAUAGCUACACUCCAACAGGCCCAGGCACCUGAGACUUGCCUGGCCUGUGUCCAUGCUUAAACCCAGGGAUGGAAGGCAGGUCUUGGGGUUUGGGGGAUUAAUGGUGGCUGUUGUGUCUAUGCAGGGGAAUAAAUAAGGGAGGGUGAGUAGGGUGAGCAUUCAUGCUCAUGAUGGUUUAACUUCGGUUCUCUGACUUUGUAAGUCUACAGCAUGUAGAAAGGAAGAUGUGGCCAGUAUGUUUAGAAAGUAGAAACACUUCCUUUGGGAGACCUCUUUAGGUCAGAAGAAACCGGGUGCUUCACUCCCUUGGCCUCGGCUGGCAUACUUACACGGUUUUUAAUGCACACAAAAUAGAACCUCAUGCUCCCUGCAAGCAGCAAGACCCCUGAAAGUGACCCAUGCUUCUGGCUGGCAUUCUGCAUGUCUAGUGAUUGUUUUGGGAAUGUUUCACUGCUACCUGCACCCAGUGACUCUGCAGCACAAGAACCCGUCUAACGUCACUAUGCACGGUUGUUUGGAAUUCAUAAUGUGUCGGUUCCAAGUG